ACGGAGCGAGAAGGUGACAGCUUGGGAUCUGCAAGACCCCUAGGAAAGCUGCAGCUGCUGGAGCUUGUGAGGAUCAAUACGAAGGGAGCUGCAAGUGCAACUGAGGCGCUACAUACGCUACCAUAGAGUAUAUAAAUGCUACAACUGCCCGCUGCAUAUCGUGAAAACAUUGGGGCAGCCAGCUUCCCUCGUCAAGUGAUCGCAAAAGGCCAGAGGUUCCCAGUCCGUGUGGUCUUCCAGCUCUCGUGACAAUGACCCGCAGGGCGCUCUCCGUCCUGCUCGCCGGGGUAGCGGCGGCCUCGGCUUGCACGAUUCCCACCGAACCUCUCUCCACCACCAUCAGCUAUCCCUUCCGUGCCCAGGUCCAGAAUGCGUCCCGCCCCGAGGUCCACAACAAGUACAUGAACCUGUUCCAGGCUGGCGGUGGUGACCAGCAUCUCUUCAUCGGCCCCGUCGGUGUGCCAACAUACGACUUGACCCUGGUCGACGGCGUCAUCAACCAUGUUCCGCAUGGCGUCCGCGCGGUCAUCGGUGGCGAGUUCUCGGAGAUUGACCACACGACCAAGCUGUUCAUGACGGGCCGUGGCGACCCCCGUGCCAUCUUCGAGCCCACCUACGCCUGCAACCCGGACACGGACGAGCUGCAGAUCGAGCUGCGCUUCGUGACCUGGCAGAACCAGCCCGCCGGCGGCUGGAUCUGCGUCCGCCACGCCUUCGACGGCGGCCACGAGUUCCGGUACUACCCGCCAGGCAACGAGCUCGUCGACCCCAACCGCGAAUGCAUCAAAGUAACGCUCGUGGUGAUCCCCACGACCGAGCUCCCUCCGCAGAGCACAACCUUCUCAACCAGCACCCUCCCGGCAACCUCCUCCUCCCCCUCAUCCUCCGCCCCGACCACCUCCCCAACAAGCGCCUACACAGACCUGACGGCGCUGGGCUUCCGCUUCGUGGGCUGCGCGCCCGAGGAGCGGUGGGCCAACGACGGCGCCUUCCGCACGCUGUCGGGCGCCUCGCAGUCGAGCGACACCACCAACACCAACGAGGCGUGCGCCGCCUUCUGCGCGGCACAGAACUUCCAGUACGCCGGCACCGAGUGGAGCCGCGAGUGCUGGUGCGGCGACGCGGUCGCGCCCACGCGCUGGCCGGCCACGACGCUGGCGAGCCUGGAGAAGUGUAACUAUAAGUGUACCGGCGAUCAGGGGCAGUACUGUGGCGGGGAUGCGUGGCUGAGUUUGUAUGAGCGUUGUGAGGCCGGGGAGGCGUGUGAGAAUGUCGUUUUUACGUGA